AAGAGAGUGGGACUCGGGGCUGAGUACAGAGCGGAGUACAGACCAGACGCAGGCUACCACCGGGCUACCACCAGGACAAACUUCCCUCAACACAUGGACGGAGGAGAGACUCUGCGCCUACUCCUAGAGGACAAACGGUCGUACUCUGGAGUCCCCAGGAAUGAUUUCUUGGGCCCUGUGUUCACCUACGUGUCAGACCUGAAUGACAUUGAGCUGGGUCACCAAGGGAAUGAACACUGUCACUCACAUCGGGCCCAGGAAGACUGGCACAGCACAGAAAAGGAACGUGCCAGGAGGAAACUAUAUGUGGCAUCUGUUGUCUGCCUGCUGUUCAUGAUUGGAGAAGUUGUAGGUGGCUACAUUGCACACAGUUUGGCGAUCAUGACGGAUGCUGCUCACCUUCUGACAGAUUUUGCAAGCAUGAUGAUAAGUUUAUUUGCUCUUUGGAUGUCUUCCCGUCCAGCCACCAAAAAACAAUGAAUUUUGGCUGGCAUCGAGCAGAAAUUCUAGGAGCUCUUCUAUCCGUCCUUUCCAUCUGGGUAGUAACUGGAGUCUUGGUGUAUUUAGCUGUGGAACGAAUAAUUUCAGGAAACUAUGAAAUUGAAGGGGAAGCAAUGCUAAUCACCUCUGGAUGUGCAGUCGCUGUUAAUCUCAUAAUGGGGUUGACAUUGCAUCAAACUGGACAUGGACACAGUCAUGGAAAUUCAGAUUCUCAUGAACACAGCCAUGGAGAGCUAAAUAACCCUAGUGUCCGAGCUGCCUUUAUUCAUGUCGUAGGAGAUUUACUACAAAGUCUUGGUGUCCUUGUUGCUGCCUAUGUAAUUUAUUUCAAGCCAGAGUAUAAGAUUAUUGACCCUAUCUGCACAUUUCUGUUCUCGAUCCUUGUUUUGGCAACAACCUUGACCAUUCUCAGAGAUGUCCUGCUUGUACUAAUGGAGGGCACUCCCAAAGGUGUGGACUUCAACAUGGUAAAGGAUACCCUGCUUUCUAUAAGUGGAGUGAAGGCUCUUCACAGCCUCCAUAUUUGGGCUCUUACAGUAUCUCAGCCUGUCCUUUCCGUUCACAUAGCAAUAAAUGAAGAUGCAGACUCUCAGAUGGUACUGAAAGAAGCCAGUUCUCGCCUUCAGAGUAAAUUCCACUUCCACACGACUACAAUCCAAAUAGAAAAUUAUUCAGAAGAUAUGAGAGAUUGUCAAGAGUGUCAAGACCCAACAGACUAA